AUUUAUUCGAGUAGGUCACCCACUAUUCGCGCUAACGGCAAUCAUUGGAAUAAUGUAUUGCGAGGACCAAGGGUAGAGAUAUUGAGAUAUUGGAAUGAAGCCGAUUGCAGCACACAAGUAGUUUACAAGUAAAGACGCAAAGUGACAGCACGAACAGUGUGGACAUUUGAUCCUUGCGAUUGAACCUGCCGAAUCAGCGUUGCCGCUCGGCGAUAGUCGAUGAACGAUGCUUCGACACAGAAGACACGUCGCUGUCCAGCAUCCACGUCGACCUAUCGCUCCCUGCGUUACGUUCGCGCCUCGAGUCUCCGAUGCGCCUGCAGCUCGCGCUGCUUCCGGCAUCCCUUUUUCUUUCCAGUCAAAUCGCUCGGAGGCUUUUCCUCGAGCAGAUCCUUACAGGACUCCGAGGAUUGGCCAAGUCUCCCGGUUCUCGGUGAAUGGGAUAUCUUGCUCUUUCUUUCGGGAAAUUCUAAGCAUAGGAUCGAUCGGAGGGACGCGAGCCGUACUUCCGCGAUAGGCGGCCACCUUCUCGGCCCACUCUUCGCUCCUGUUCUCUCUCUCUCUCUCUCUCUCUCUCUCUCUCUCUCUCUCUCUCUGUCUGUCUCUUUCCGCUCGAGUUCCUCCCGAAGGAUGUGCGGUAAUCAGCCAGUGAGCUGAAGCCAACUGAUCCUGAUCCAGCUCUAAUGCGAUACCGAAUCCAAGGCACAGGAGAGAAACGCGAGUGCUGGAGGCGCGCGGGCCACUCGGAGUUCCUUUGAAAGCGAGUCUGGAUCUCGGAAUCAGGUAGAGAGCGGCGUGAAACUCGGAGCGAAUAGAAGGUCGCAAGGUCGACACGCGACGCUCCUUGCCGACGCAGAGAUGUCCUCGCGAGGCCGACUUAAGAUUUUUGGCAAAACGUGUUCAGAUAAAUUACGUAACGACGUUAACGUAACGUAGCCUAACGUAAUUUCUUCCCUCCCUGCAGACUCGUCGUCAGGGCAGUCUUGUUGCUCGGAAAACUACGGGAAAACGAAAAGGGCGGUCGUCUUAGGUAGUAAGUCCAGUCGGACACGUUGCGGGACUUUUUUCUCCUUUCUCCCGCUAAUCGGUGCGAGACUUUUACCAAAUGCAGGCAGCUAUUGAGUUUUACGGGUUUUACGGGUUUUACGGGUUUUACGAGUUCGACUAUCGGACUUAAGGGGAAUGCGCGGCUGCUAAGGACCCAGGCCGAUCACGAGGACAGGUUGAGAAUAUUGCUGAUGGUGCCAUCCUGAAGCACCCUCGAUACACCGACUACCAAGUUUCUCUGUCCAACCUGAAGCCUUUCAGCCUCUCGAGGUUCGCGCGGCCUCGAGCUUCUAAGCUUUGACAUAUUCCUGAACCUCCCGGAGAAGGUUUCCCUCAUUUGCAAAAGUAUAAGUAUCAAAGUAUAAGAAAACGAGACUCGGAGGGAGUCAAAGAGUUAACUGUGCGCGACACGGGGACAACGAAGCUCCGCUCGUGGGGAACUGGAGGUGACGCGCUGGCGCGGGGGACCGCCGAGAAGAAUUCAAUUUUCUUCGGAAAUCCUGUUGCGUACCCUUGACAACCAAUUUCCCAGAAGAAUGUCCUGCUACUCAUUUUCCUGAUUACUUAAUUACUGACGUUCGGCAUCUCUUUAAUUAUCAGAUCACUUUGAAGCCCAGCCAAGGGUUCCAUUGUCGAGUGGACCGAUAAUAAGGCUCCAUCCGGGAGAUGAAACGACUUAAUUAAAAAAUCUUACGGCCUAUCGGACUGCCGACGCGAUAGCCGUGAUUGAUACGAGUUCGUUUUCUUUGUCAGCCGAUGCUUUAACUUUAUCGCGAAAACUUGAAGCUUUGUACGUACAUCGAACGUCAUUAAUGGCGGGUAACACGUGGUGAAGCAGUGCGGUGAGUUAACAGAGGAUAUUCAGUAUGUGAUAUACGUUCGGACACCUGUUUCUCUCUCUCUCUCUCUCUCUCUCUCUCCCCACUAAGCUCCCAAAUUCCCCUCCAGAGGGGACAUGCUCUGUAAAGUAGGCGACGGCGAGCGAUAUCGAAUAAACACAUCGCAGACAGAAUGAAGACGCAGGAAGGGCAGAAGUCCAGCCGGAAGUAAAGGGAAGUCGAUAGGCGAAAAGCUCAAGAAACGUGAUCGGGUUGUCGAUUAAGGAACUUCCCCAACAAAUUCUAUAGGGAAACCGCCAUAAAGGAUGAGCAGUAAAUAUCGAUAAGAGAGACGAAUCGAGUUUCCACGGAGCGUCUAAUAGAAAGACGCACUGAGAGAGAGAGAGAGAGAGACGGUUCGUUAAUCGGUUCCUCGAAAUUGUGCGCGACCAAGAAUGAGGGUCGCCUGUGAGCAGCAGGCAUUGUAAUCGCAUAAGAGGAUCCCCUGGUGCUGCGCUGACAAAGGGAUGGAAGUACGGGGUAGGUUAUUAAAAUUCUCGUAAAACCACAGCGCCAAAUGCGGAAUACUUUAGUCAUUUACGAUACGUGCCGCUUCCAGUUCUCAAGGGCUCAAUUCUUUGAGUCAGCGCAAAAGUCAAGACAGAGUGAUGGAGGAGCAGGCAUAAUCGGUGUGAUCCUUUGAAAGAAAACACAAGAGGGAAAGGCGAGUGAGAGACAGCAGGAAAAACGCGAAAGAAACUGUUUGGCUGAAAGCCCAGCGAAGCCAUCGAGUCCUCGGAAAAAGCGUCUCACGCACACGGAGACGGACGUCACGGACGUCACGGACGUCCGCAGGAACUUGGAGCAUUCAGGUUCAGCAGUGUCCUUUAAAUAACGACAUAUUGCUUCGCAUUCAAUAUACGCGGAUUGGAAAAACAUAUUCCUAUGUGAGCCCAAGUCCUGCGCCCGCCCUAACCUAAUCGCUCCUGGGAAACAGCGGGACUCCGGGAUUCGUUUAUGGAAUUUCGGUGCCUGCGACGACGAUCCCAGCGACGCUAGCGAAGGUUCAACAGCGGCGGAGGGGGCGCGGGGGGGGAUUCCCCCCUCCUGCAGCGCCUCUAUCUCUUCGUCAGCAGCUGUCCGACGCGACGCUCAGUGUUAGUGCGCGUCGUGGCGCCGCCACGUGCUUUUCGUGGGCCAUCGACGAAAGAUGCAAAUCAGGAAGGACCUCUGAUUCCUGAACCAAUUGACAGCUGAUCGUGAAUCUCUGCUUGGCCGGAUCCUCACGUACGACUAGCGAGUGAUGCUGCACCUGCCACUUGGUACCGUCGGGACGCCUCUGAUCCCUGCAAGGAUAAAUCUCCGGCUCCUGGAACUUUAGUGAAAUUGACUGUAGAAGCCUGAACAUCGGAAUCCGAUGGAUACUCGUGGAAAUCAUCCUCGGAAGCCAUGAGAAGACUCGACUGAUUUUGGGUUAGUAGGAUCGCAGCAUCGCAGCAUCGGUGGAAAGGGCGGAGAGGAGGAGGGAGAAAAGCAAAGUAGGAAGGGAAGGAUCCCCCCCCCCUCCACGUCUCUCGAGACUCUUCUGCCAGGAUGAACCAGCGACUCCUGCUCGCAUUCGCGAACCUGAUCUCUUCGUACGCCUCGUUCUCGGUCGCGGCCAAUUCGAACCUCUCGACGAGGCAGCGAGCUCAGAGCAACAACCACGGGAAUAUUUCGGAACUCCUGGACAACCUGCUGCGCGGGUAUGACAACAGCGUGAGGCCCGACUUCGGCGGGCCCCCCGCGACCGUCGAAGUUGACAUUAUGGUGCGCAGCAUGGGACCAAUUUCGGAAGUCGACAUGACCUACUCGAUGGACUGCUACUUCCGGCAGUCUUGGGUGGAUAGGCGUCUGGCCUUCCAGGGCGGCAAGGAGACCCUCGCCCUCAGCAUCUCGAUGCUGGCCAGAAUCUGGAAACCCGACACCUACUUUUACAACGGGAAGCAGAGCUACCUUCACACCAUUACCAGCCCCAAUAAGUUUGUUAGACUUUACCAGGACGGUCGAGUGCUCUACAGCUCUCGACUUACCAUCAAGGCGGGCUGUCCCAUGAAUCUCGAGGAUUUUCCAAUGGAUACUCAGAGGUGUCCUCUCAGAUUUGGCAGCUUUGGCUACACGAGCAGGGACGUCGUCUACAAGUGGAACAGCGCGAGACAGGUGGCCAUUGCCGAGGACAUGAAACUCUCGCAAUUCGAUCUCGUUGCCAAUCCGACGGCGAAUCAUUCGAUGGCACCGACACUUUCCCACAGAGAAUAUUCGAUGCUUCUAGUAUCGUUUCAUCUUCAAAGACACAUGGGAAACUUCUUAAUUCAAGUAUACGGUCCCUGCGUUCUCCUGGUAGUUCUCUCCUGGGUCUCCUUCUGGUUGAACAGGGAAGCCACCGCCGACAGAGUGUCUCUCGGUAUAACGACCGUAUUGACCAUGACUUUCCUGGGACUCGAAGCCAGAACCGAUUUGCCGAAGGUGCCCUAUCCCACGGCCCUCGACUUCUUUGUCUUUCUCUCCUUCGCCUUCAUCUUCGCUACGAUCAUACAGUUUGCCGUCGUUCACUACUUCACCAAGUAUGGUUCCGGCGAGUGCUACUUUAGUUCGGAUCUAAGCGACACGGAGAAUUCGAGCGACGAGGAGGAUGAGAAGGAGGUCAUCGUCAAGUGGAGAACAACGAGUAACGAUACGGCUCAACGUAAAUCCUCAUGGAUGAAUGACCAGAGCCGUGGAUUCGCCUUGAACGGAGAAGAAGGCCUCAACGAAGUGAUUCCUCUCUCGGCUAUACCUGAGCCGAGCAGGCGACGCCCCAGUGGACAGUGGCCGAUAUCCUGCAUCCCCUGCAGCCCGCCGCCAGCAAAAGCACCACCUCCUCGAAAACUUUCAAGGCGUAGGCGAAGGAGAAGAGCACCUAGAUACAAUUCGGUAUCGAAGAUCGACCGCGCGAGUAGAGUCGUCUUCCCACUCUUCUUCCUGGCUAUCAACGUCUUCUAUUGGUACGCCUAUCUCUCGAGGAGCGAGAGAAUCAACUACGCGCAGCCCAAGUAUCAAGAUUGAUGUCAAUGAACGUCCGCUUGAUCCGUCUCUCUACGUAGCCGACCAAUUUUACAAGUGUUUGCGUGCGUAAUAUUACCAAGAACCUGGAUGGCUUGACAUGAAGUUUGUAUCGUCAUAAUACAGUUGGAUAUAUUGCAAUUGCAAUUGGAAACAA